CGACUGCAACGUUUGAAUUCUCCACAGAUUCUGAAAUCGGGAUGAGCACAGUGAACCGUUGCCUGGAUGCGGCCAAAGCUUGCAACAUUGAUGACGUUUGCCAGAGACUGCGCACCGAGUAUGUGUCAACAUGCAUCAAGCCCUCCACCAAAUCGGGUUUGUGUAACCGAUCAAGGUGCAACAAGGCCUUGCGGCGAUUCUUUGACAGAGUCCCUGCAGAGUACACCCACGAGCUGCUUUUCUGCCCUUGCAGCGACAUGGCCUGUUCGGAGAGACGACGACAGACCAUCGUGCCCAGCUGCUCCUAUGAGGGAGAAGAUAAACCCAGCUGCCUCUCGCAGAUGAGGAUCUGUAAGGCCGACUAUGUUUGCAGGUCCCGUUUGGCCCAGUUUCAGUACGACUGCCAGCCAGACGAGCAGUCUGCCACCGGCUGCACACAGGGAAACUAUGCAGCUUGUCUUAUUGCUUACACUGGAAUGAUAGGCAGUCCAAUCACCCCAAACUAUGUGGACAAUUUCACAUCCGAAGUGUCUCCCUGGUGCUCGUGUUCAGCCAGCGGGAAUCUGAAGGAUCAGUGCUCUGACUUCCUGGACUAUUUCACAAACAACGUCUGUUUACAGAACGCUCUCCUGACGUUUGGAAACGGAUUGGACUUCACACCCACUCCCACCCAACUGCUGCGGUUAAACCCUGCCACAGACAGGGGGCCAUGGAGGACGACGUCUGUGUUUGUCACGCUGGAGACUGAACAGAGCACUCUGAGCCCAGCUAAACCCACACAGGACUCUGUGAAGGUGAGACUUUGGUCUGACUCCACCCCGUCCUUCGACACACAGCAGAACUCUGCUCAAGCACUUGCCGUGACAUCACUACUUGUCUGGAUUUGUUUGUUUCUUAGCCUCUUGCUCAGCUGUGAUCAGUAAACAGACUAAAGACUUUUGGGACAUCUCUUCUGACAGGACCAUGGUUGUGGACCAAAUGGAACAUAUUCAGCUCCAGAGCUGGAGAAACUGGCCAUACUGGCCUCAUUUUUUCUGACAUUGAAGUCAUCGUGUUAUCUCUGUUUCUGUGGAGCCACCAGUAAAACCUACAGAAUCUGAAUUCGCAAGGCACUUUUGUAGAAAUGAAUGUGGUUAGUCAAACACAAAGGCCAGUGGAAAAUGUACCUGUACAUAUGUAAAUAAUGUCGCCACAGAGUCAAUAUGAAACUGUGCUGUUUAUUCAGAAUUUCAUUGUAAAAUCAUAUUUUUUCGAAUCGAAUUCAAAAGACUAAAUCUAACAAGUUUCUAAAGCCCAAAUUACCUUCUAGCACUCCAAAAUCAAUUCCUGAUGAAAUGUGGAGAGGAGUGAAAUGAAGCUUUUUCUUCUUUCUUUUAUAGUUCCUCAUGCAUCAGUUCAACCAUUUGGAGAAACCCUUGAGGAAAACGGAUUUAAUAUCAUUCUGUUCAACUUGACUGAAAAGAAGACAUAGGCUACUUCUGAUCAAUCAUGAAAUGGUAAAGCCUUUGGGUGGGAGUAAACAAUACUCUUCCCGAGGCCCUCAAAAUAUAGACUGUGCUAUUGGGACAUAAGCUACUUCAACUAACCAAUCUUCAGAUGCUGAUUUGAGACUCAUUCAUCUUAGUUCUGGCAUCUCCACAGCUUUGUUUCCUGCCCAGUGCUGUGUCUUUAUGUAUAUUAUGGUAUGUUUAUGAGGAGUCCCGGUGGCUGUGAUUUUGAAUAUGAGGGACUGCGGCCGGAGAGGCAUUUAAGGGGUCCUGCUCAAGGUCUCUUGAUGUUUUUAAGGUAGGCUGGGAAUCUCAUUAUGGAACAUUCUUUGGUUCAUCAUAUGGCACUAAUAAAAGAUGCUGGUUCAUUUAAAGCCUAA